AUGAGCUCAGGAUCUUCUACGCCGUCUUCAACGGCGUCUUUGACUCCAAAUCCUACUACUCCAGCGAUUGUUGAUGAUCUAGAGUGGAUCACCGCAUACCUGACCAUACAUAGGCUCAGCGAGACCAGUUGGCGCUAUGCGUAUCUGCUAUGGAUAGUCAUCGCAUCCGUUUCCUUUAUCUUCGCCUUUUUCCACUCUAUGGGACUGAGGGGGGGAGCCGUAGGUGCAUAUUGGAGCAAAUGGUCCCUACGCAGAAGAACUUGGCGGAAAAAACACAGCUUGGCCAUGGCGAAGAGAAGAGGGCAACCGCACAAACAACCCAUCCCUUUACCUUCGAAUGCUCAGAUCCUGUCUCUAACUCUUCUAAGCAUUGCAGCAUUUGCCGUCAUGGUUGUUGGGCCGGACUACCUUGCACCGUCAAAUAAACUUUGGGAGUUUCGUCGGGACUCGGUUCUCAUGCUUCGGACUGUAAAUUACGACGCGUCUAUGUUUUUCAAAUUUCAGCCCCAGUACACUAUCUCCAAGGCCUGGUGGACUGCAGGUGGAAGAGCUGGCCUCAUCGCAUUUGCUCUUUUCCCACUAUGUAUUCUCUUUGCGCUCAAGGCCCCCCCUUUCGCGAUCUUCGCAAUUCCCUUCUUUAUCAACUUGCACUUCGACAAACUCAUGUGGCUGCAUCGCUGGCUCGGUCGACUUAUCUGGUUCAUUUCUGCGGUACACGUUGCCCUUUGGAGCGUACAAUUGAUCGAAGAUAGACGGGUCGGCACUGGCCAAAUAGCAUACGUCUACGCUUGGCAAUAUCCCAAGUUUCUGUAUGCAUGGACGGCCUUCGGUCUCUUCACACUGCUGAUUAUACUAUCCCUUCAACCCAUUAGGGACAGGCAUUACGAGGCGUUCUAUUUUCUACACAUUCUUCUGGUCCCUCUCACGAUCAUCAUGUCUGCUUUGCAUCACCCGCCUGUUUGGUGGUGGUGCUGGGCUGCUUUAGCCUUGUGGAUUGGCGAGAGAACCUGGCGAGGGACGAGAUGGCUGUAUAUGAACGGGUUUGUUGGCAGUCAUGUCUCCUCUUCUCACCAUCUUGAGAGGCACAUAUCGGCGAAGGAGCUAGAGCUGCGACGUCUCGAACCUCAUGACGGAGCCGUUCUGAACGGUGAUAAACAAUCACGGAACCCACGCUAUGUUCCACCAUCUGGAUACGCACAUGUGGAGCUUCUCGCGGGUCGCACCAUUCGACUACGGCUUAUAACUCCAGGCUAUCUUACAUGGGCUCCCGGGCAGAAUUUCCUGCUCUGCGUCCCCUCUGUCUCGAAGUUUCUCUCGCACCCCUUUACCUCCGCAUCCGUUUGCGAUGAGCAAAUAGCGGGUGACGAUGGACGGAUGCUUGUUUUUUUGAUUCGUGCCAAGAACGGAUGGACGAAGGACCUCUGGGACGCCAUUGUAGCGUUGACGUCCGGCAGCCGCAAGCAUCCGCAGAGCGAGAGUCCACCUAUCGACGAUCUUCCUGCUAUGGGGAUACUCAUGCGAUGCUGGGUCGAUGGUCCUUUUGGAUCUACAAGUCGGGCUGAUUGGGGCAUGUACUCCAGUGUAUUGAUCGUUGCCGGUGGAUCAGGUGUUAGUUUUGGACUGUCUGUGCUGAAGUACCUGAGCCUUUGUAUGUCAGGGAGGGAGGGGAGGUUCCUGGGAGGUUCCGGUUCAAGGAGCGGGACCCGCUUUCAAACACAAAAGGUUAGAUUUGUCUGGGUCGUCCGCGAAUUCUCGCACAUUCAAUGGUGUGCUACUACGCUACGUCAAUGCAGGGCUCUUGUCCCAACUCAAUUUCUUCAAAUCGAGAUUUUCGUGACUAAUUUCAAGCCAUCGGCGAGGCAUCUCCCUUCGUCACCACGGUUUCCUCCCACUCCUUUAUCCGCUUCGACUAAGACCGCCUUGCUAUCUCCGACGCCACGGUUUGUUCAAAAAGGGAAGCAUGUCAAGCGAAGCGAAAGCACAAUCGGAUCCGAUGAUCCACAUCGAAGCGAUACAGAGCCUGCGGAUGCCUACGUCGACCUCAGCUAUUACACCGGAGAAUUUAAUGAAAACAGUGAGCCCAAUAUCGGGGAGCUAGGCCACGAGGAACAUGUGUUGGAUCUCACAAAUUUCGAUGGUGAUAAUGAUGAUCAGAUCCCGGGUGAAUCGUCGAUGAAUCACACGGUCAAAAAGGAAGGGAGAAUUCGGCGCGCAUUGUCUAGGAGGUUGUCGAACUCUCAAGGCCCUUUUGGUGACCUGAGCCUUCAGAGCGCCGCCACUCUGCCGUCGUCUCUUCCACAUGACCCGUCAAAUCGUCUAUCAGUUGUCCCCGAAGGCCACUCGCGCAACGGCUCUCGUGAUAGCCAGCGAGUGCUCUCUGAGGUCGACCUUGAUAACCUUGUUGAUGACGAGCACAGAGCUCCUUUGAAUAUUGCCAUCCCAUCGCCUCGACAUUCACAAGCCUCAUUUCACUCAUACGGACGCCAGGAUGCUGUUUUUUCCGCCAUUCCUCGUACUCCCGACUGGGAUACACGGUCUGCUGUAUCCGACGUAAAUUCUCUCCAUGCGUUGAUGCCUCGGGUGGGCACAGGGGCCUUCGGAGAGCAAGUGCAACUCCAAUGGGACGAGGGCGAGAUGCAGGAUAUCAAUGUAAUGGCCGAAUUCGCAAUACCCGGGCGGCCAAAACUAGAUGUCAUUCUGCGGGACGAAGUAGGGAGCGCUGCUGGUGCCGUGGCUGUUGCUUGUUGUGGGCCAACAACGCUGAACGCUGUUAUACGAAAGAUUGUUGCAUCACAGAUCGAUCCGGCUCGCAUACGACGAGGCGACAUGAGUGGAUCUAUAGCGUUAGUAGCGGAAGAAUUUUCUUAUUGAUGACUCGACGAGAUGGAUGUCUCCUGCUGCACCUGACGACUUGAACUAGGCUAACGGACCUUAGGCCUUAGCAGUGGCACUUCGUACACUCAUCCAGAUUUUACAUACAUGGGGUCGUACUUCGGACUGCCGCUUCGGUACAUAAAUCUGGACGAUUUUUACCUUCUCUUACUGUAUUGCCUAGAUAUUUUGCAUAAUUUGGACAUCGAUUGCGUGUCCGAAUAUCGUUUGCAUGGCCAGCUGACGCCACCUUGGUCGGCCACCAAUCCUGUUUAUCUGAUAAUCGCUUUAGUGUCCGGUGCUUAGCACGGUGGCGCUUUGAUGCCGAC